AUGACGGUUGAGGAAUAUCAAGUGGCCCAACUUUGGACAGUUAUUGAGGCUUCCAAGGAUGAAACGGGUGGGGGUGAUGGUGUUGAAAUCCUAGUGAAUGAGCCUUUCAGCGCUGGAUCUCAGUACGAGCCGGACGAAGAGCUUCCAGGCAAUGGAGCCUACUCAAGCGGGCAGUAUACGCACAAAAUCUACCAUUUGGCCUCAAAAGUUCCAAGUUUCAUCCGCCUUCUUGCUCCUGGGGAGGCUCUUAAUGUUACAGAAAAGGCGUGGAAUGCAUAUCCUUACUGCAGGACAGUGAUUACAAAUGGGUACAUGAAAGAUGCCUUUUUCAUCAAGGUGGAGACGAUGCAUGUGCAGGACAAAAUCGACAUUGAGAAUGUGCAUGAGCUGCCUCCGGAUAUGUUAGCGAAACGCGAGGUUAUUUACGUCGACAUUGCCGCUGAUCUUGAAGGCGGAGUUAAGUCUGAGUGGGAUCCAAAAACAUUCCAGUCCAAGACGACUGGGCGUGGUCCUCUUGUUGGACCACGGUGGUGGGAGAAUACUGAUAUGCCAAUAAUGUGCGCCUACAAACUCGUGACCUGCAAUUUCCGGUGGUUUGGCAUCCAAGGCCUCGUUGAAAGUUACAUCGCCAAAGUGGGUUUACUGGCGUGGGUUUCAUUGUAA